AUGAAGACUAAGGUGCACCUGACCGAGACCAGUGGAACUUUUACAUGUGUGAGUUUAUAUCGAGGAAAUGGCUCCAUACAGGACUCCGUGGUCAUCGAGGAUGUGGCGGUGGUCUUCAGCCAGGAGGAGUGGGCUCUGCUGGACGUUGCUCAGAGGAAACUGUACAGAGACGUGAUGAUGGAAACCUUCAGACACCUGACCGCAGUAGUCUCUGGAGACAAGUCGUCCACUGAGCAGACCACAGGGAGAUCCAUCAAGAAUGGCACCUGCUCUUCCGGAUCCGGUGGAAUGUCCACAGCUCGUGGUGAUGAAGAGGAACGUGCAGAUCAGAUGGGGCCUGUCAGACGGAUCCGAACUCACACUGGACAGAGGCCUUAUGAAAGUAAGGAGCAUGGGAAAGCCUUUAGCCAAGCCUCACACCUCACUGAACAUAUCAGAGCUCACAGUGGGGUGAGGCCUUGUGAAUGUCAGGAGUGUGGGAGAGCCUUUAGGUGGCCCUCAGCCCUCACCAGACAUGUGAGGACUCACAGUGGGGAGAGGCCUUUCGAAUGUCAAAAGUGUGGGAAGGGCUUUAGUGGGUCUUCAGCUCUCACUACACACAUCAGAACUCACCAUGGAAAGAGGACUUAUGAAUGUCAGGAGUGUGGGAAAUCCUUUAGGCAGCUCUCCGCCCUCACGACACACAUGAGGACUCACAGUGGGGAGAAGCCUUAUGAGUGUAAGGAGUGUGGGAAAGGCUUUAAACGGCCCUCAGCUCUCACUACACACAUGAGGACUCACAGCGGAGAAAGGCCUUAUCAGUGUAAGGAGUGUGGGAAAGCUUUUAGUUAUUCUUCAGUUCUCCAGACACACACAAAAAUCCACAGUGGAGAGAGGCCUUAUGAAUGUCAGGAGUGUGGGAAAGGCUUUAGGCGGCCCUCGGCCCUCACUGCCCAUAUAAGGACUCACAGUGGGGAGAAACCUUACGAGUGUAAGCAGUGUGGGAAAGCCUUCCGUUUCUCUUCAGUCCUCACUACACACAGAAGAACUCACAGUGGUGAGAAGCCCUAUGAAUGUAGUGAAUGUGGGAAAGCCUUCAGUGACUACUCGUCCUGGUCUGUUCAUGUAAGAAUUCACAGUGGAGAGAGGCCUUACGAAUGUAAGGACUGCGGGAAAGCCUUUAGGCAGGUUUCAGGUCUCACCACGCAUGCAAGAAUUCACAGUGGAGAGAGGCCUUACGAAUGUAAGCAGUGUGGGAAAACCUUUAGGAGGUCCUCGCACCUCACUACACACAGAAGGGUUCACAGUUGA